AUGCCGCUAUCACUUUGUCACAUGGACGGUACAAUAAACAAAACCGACAAAUCUGCAUUGAUGCGAGACCUUGAAAAAAAAAUCGAGAGCACGGAGCCAGAGUCUACAGAUGUUUUGAUUAUCGAUGGGUUCUUUUUACUGCACACCUUGAAAGACAUACCACGAACAUUUGGAGGUAUGUCGAAAAAAAUUUUGCACAUUUUAUGCAAAUAUAAUGUUGAGAGGAUCGAUCUGAUAUUCGACAGGUAUUUCAGCCCGUCGAUCAAGGACACGGAGCAUGGAUUGCGAGAAAACGUAAAAUCGACCGAUUUUCGAAUCUCAGGACCGCAACAAGUUCGACCUUCCGAUUUCGCUAAAGAAUUGAAAAACAUCAAAUUCAAAGAUGCUCUGGUCAAAUUUAUUAUCAACAAUUUGUCAGAACAAGACAUGGCACACAUAAUCGCAAACAAAAUCAUCAACAUCAAUCACGACAUGUGUUAUGAAUAUUCGGUGAAAGAUGGUUUAGUUAUCCAAACAAUCAACGAAGAUUUAACUUGCCAAGAACACGAAGAGGCAGAUACGAAGAUCGUUUACCAUGUCUGCCAAAUGAAACAACGGGGUCAAGUAACGAUUCGAUGUUCAGACACUGAUAUAUUAAUAAUAAUGCUCGGAAAUAUGGAAUUUGUAGAAAGUGGUGUCCAAAUUUCUAUGGAUGUUGGUGUUGGCAAUUCCCGGCGUUACAUUGAUGUUUCACGUUUAUACGAGAUAUUGGGAUCCACUCUGGCAAAAUCUUUACCUGCUUUCCACGCAAUGACCGGCUGCGAUUAUAAUCCCGCGUUAUAUCGCAAGGGUAAAAAAAGACCAUUGACGAUGCUGAAAAAUUCGAAACGCUAUCAAGAAGCUUUCGGUGAUUUGAGCAGCUAUACUUCUGAUAGUGACAAGUCAAGUCAAAGUCAAAAUUAUUUAUUUCAAUUAGACCCAUACAGGCACUUUUGA